GUAAACACAUCCAGGAUUGGGAAUUCUGGGAGCGACAGAAAACGCAACCGUGUCGGGGGACAGACAGUGCACCACUGAAGUGGACAUUUUAUUACUCGUCUGGCCUUGUCAAUCGGGCUUUGGAGAGGUUCAUCAACAUCUGUAUGUGUUGUGGAAGAAGAAACUCGAAUAUAAGGGUCACUCUCUCGCUGCUCAGUCCUGCUGACCUGCUGAGUCACACGGACCAGCUCCUCCUGAAGUAUCUGAGCUCCUCCAGCAUGCAGCACUACCUGGUCCUCCUGCUGGUGCUGUCUCUGUCGUCAUGCCAGGCCAGUGGCCCGCCGGCGGCCCCCCAGCAGGUGGUCCUGGAGGCAGACCGAGACGCCCAGCGCCUCUCCAUCACCUGGGGGGGGGGGGACGCCCCCCAACACGACAUCCUGAUCCAGCGCUCUGAGUUCAUGGUCACAGUGUUCAACGAGACGGUGGAGGCAAAGCCAGACGCGGCCGGAAGGUUCCGGUGGAACUGGACCUCAGAGGAACCGCUGGAGUGCACGUCCCUGUCAGUCACCGUGCGAGCGCGCUCCGCUGACGAGCUCAGCAACUGGAGCAGUCCUGAGAUCCUGGCAGGUAUGGACGUUCCUAGCAACGCCCAGGCCCAGAUGUAUCCAUCGAGCCGAGUGGUCGAAGUGGGCAGCAACACCACCUUCUGCUGCAUCAUCGCCGAGGGCGACAGCUUUGGCAAGAUCACCUAUCAUGCCAGGGACAUGGACAUCACCCGCCUGAGUAGACGGAGCUAUGCUACCACCCGGACCAAUCAGGGCCCCUCCGCUUCCUCUGGCACCAAUGUGGUGUGUAGCAACUCCAAAACAGUAGUUACCACGGGAGCCGUCAUGUUUGUGGGAUACCCCCCCCAGCCCAGUGACCUGCUGUGUGAGACUCAUGACCUGCGGUCAGCAGAAUGCCAGUGGAGCGCCGGACCAGACACACACCUGAUCGGCACCAAGCGCAGGACCCAUUACGCCCUCAAUGGCAGGAACUGCAGCCUGGCAGGUGGGAUGCUGUGUGGGUUGGAGAACUGGGAGGGCAGCUGGACCCUGGAGGCCUGGAACCAGCUGGGCCGGGCCAGGCUGAAUGACAGCGCCGAGCUGAGCCACAGAGUGCGUCCGUUGUCGGCGUCGAGCUUGGUCGCCACGGUGAUCCACCCCUGGAAUGCCACUCUGCAGUGGGCGUGGCCUAACCAGACCUACGCCUCCCUACAACUCACCUGCCAGGUGGAGCUCAUCUCUAACUGGCACCCCAGCACGCAAACGUUCACAGGGGCAGGUCUGGACACCGCCGUGAUCACAGGGCUGCAGCCUGAUGAGGAAUACCGCUGCAGGAUCCGCUGUGGCUCCCUGAGGAACUUCUGGAAGUGGAGCGACUGGAGCCUCUACCUCACCUUCACCACCAGCAUGGACCGCCCUGACACUCCUGAUGCGUGGGUGUGGAUGGACAGCAACAGCACUGGACGCAUCAUCUGGAAGCCCCUGACCAAGAGAGAGAGCCAUGGCCAGCUGAGCAGCUACGAGGUGACCCUGUGGAGCUCGGAGGAGAACCGCCAGAGGAGCCACGUCCUGCCCCAGAGAACCCACAGCCAGGCCUUCUCCCUGGGCAGCCCCGCCGCUGGGGUCAGGGUCACCAUCACCGCCACCAACGCUGCCGGGGUGUCCCCCCCGUCCACCCUGGGGAUCCCUGACUACCUGGGAGAUGGGGAGGUGGCUGUGUUCCGGGCUGAGGCCACCCAGGCGGGUUUCCCCCUGUCCUGGAUGCCCCCACACAACACCAGCUGUGACUACCUCCUGGAGUGGCACAACACCAGCUGUGACUACCUCCUGGAGUGGCACAACACCAGCUGCUCACAGCCCUGUGCCCUGGACUGGACCCGCCUUCCUGCUGGAGCCACCAACACCACCAUCCUGUCAGAGACAGACUGGUUCCAGCCAGGAGUGAGAUACACCUUCUCUCUGUACUCCUGCCCGUCCCAACUCCCCACCCUGCAGCAGCGCUGGGAGGCCUACAUGCAGGAGCAGGCCCCCUCCAGGUCGUCCCCCCACGUUUCGUCCAAUCAGCAGGGCUCUGGCGUGCUGCUGACCUGGGAGGAGGUUCUUCUGGAGCACCAGAGGGGGUUCCUGCUGGGGUACCGAGUCUACAUGGCCAACGCCUCCAGACUCUCUCUGAUAGCCAACAUCACUGACCCAAGCCAGAGGAACUACACAGUGACCAAGCUCCCUGUUGGCUCAUACAAGUUCACCGUCAAGUCGUACAACUCUGCCGGGGAGGACGGUGGAACCCCGGCCUAUAUCUCUCUGGAUCCCUACACUGAUUGGCUCAUCCUGGAGAUCCUGGUUGCCCUGGGAACCAUGGCGUGCUUCCUGGCUGUUGUCACGACCCUGUGCUACAGGAAGAGGAAGUGGGUGAAGAAAGCCUUCUACCCAGACAUCCCUGAGCCCAGCCUGCCUGGUGAUUGGUCCAUGCCUCAGGGGACUCUGGACCUGAAGCCGUCUCCUCACAGCAUGGUCCACAUCCUGGAGAAGCCAGAGUGGGACUCCAAGGAGGCGCUGGUGACUGUGCCCGAGGAAGAGGAGGAGGAGGGCAGCGCUCCGGCCGACACCGACGAGCCUUCCGUCCUCCGCUACUACAACCAGGUGGUGGACCAGGGGAUGCCGCGGCAACGCCCCGCCCACUUCCCAGACUCCUCGGCGUCCUCGGGCAGCUCGGUUGACUCGGCCCGCACCGACGUCACCUACACCGGCAUCCAGGCCUCUGCCCCGGCCCCCCAGCCCCAGCCUCCCCUCGGGGGCUACCGGCCCCAGAUGCACCCGGCCUCGCCCCCGGCCUCUGUGGAGCAGGAGCAGGUUGGGGCAGAGGGGCCCUUUGGGGGGUACAAGCCCCAGUGCUCCUGGAAGAUGGACUCCCCUGUGGAGGGCCUGACCCCCUCCCUGGGAAGUCCCACCUCAGUCACCUCCUCCCAGUUCCUGCUGCCCGACCCCGACGACCAGGUCAAAGGUCAAACCUCCUGGUUCCACAGCCUGCUGUCAGGCAAGCCCUGAUGAUGUCACCCUCUGCUCCAUGAUGUCACUAGCUGGAUGACGAUGUCAACAGUCCGGGUGACAGUCAAGAUCCUCACUGCCUUCCUUCACACAAACACACACACACACCUCUCAAGGGCAUUAGUGAUGUUCACUGUUUGUUUUCAUUAUUUGAAUGCUUGUUUACGUGUUUUUGGGAUUGGACACUUACCAAACGGACCCUCCGAAGAGCACUGACUAGCAGAGCUCACCUCUCUCAUGGUGUAGACAACCAGGGAGAACAAGCGCCACAGAGCUACGAGCCGUGACAGAGCUACGAGCCGUGACAGAGCUACGAGCCGCGACAGAGCUAUGAGCCGCGACAGAGCUACGAGCCGCGACAGAGCCCACAUGCUACUGAAAACAACCCAGGAACAGAGACACUGAAGAGGGUUCACCUUCACUAGGAGAAACUCAAAGACACACUCACACUACAUGUAAACACAGUCACUGCUCUCAACAUGAACACAGAUGUACACUACUAGCAACACGACAGUAUUCAUGACACACCUUUCUGUGGUUAUCAUCCUUAGGAAUCUUUCAAGAUAUAGACAGUUCUUCUCUGACUGAUAUAAGCUAGUAAAAUAAGAAAUUGUGUAUUGGUUUUGAUGUUUUCUUAGUUGUAUAAUUGUUGUGUGUUAUAUGUUCUACUCAUAUCACCAUGGUAACUACUGGCCAGAUCAACCCUUUUUUGUUUGUUAUUGCACUCUGUGAUUUAUCAUCUCAGAUUUCCAGGGUUGCCCAAUCUACCUGUGGAUUAUUGAUUGUUCUACAGCCUUGCACCAAAUAGGUCAACGUCAUGCCCUUGUCAUGGUGGUGAGGUGAUUGUAAAACGUAUUUAAUCGUUGCCUUGUUCAAACAUGGUAUGCUUCCAACCGAGUUCACUGUCCAAGCGGACUGUUUAGCUUCCUUGUGUUUGACACAUACGCUGCAGAAAUACUUGAGCUCAUUUAGAGAGUGGACUCUCCUAUGCAUUUGGGAGUGACAAUCGUGGGAUUGUACAAAUCUGAUCAUUUUAAUUGUUAAUCAUGAGCCAAGAACAGAGAUUAGAAUGACUUUGGCAUUUGUCUUUCUGGUUUAUAGCGCCGCGCUGCCAGAUGAUGUUACUGUGAAGACGUGACAAGCACACUAGACAACCGAGCCUCCGACCGGAGCCCGGACGCUUGAUUAGUUGCCGUGUUUUGCAGUAGGUUUCCCGUUAGCAAAAAUGUGGUUUAGGGCUUGUGUGAGUAGUUAGGUUUAGGGCUUGUGUGAGUAGUUAGGUUUAGGGCUUGUGUGAGUAGUUAGGCUAGAUCAUUAGCGCGUAGCUUUCAGGAGGCCGUUCACUAGCUCAUCGUUAUAGUUACGGCCAGUCAGGGCUGCGUCUAAAGCGGUUUCGUUCUCUUCCUCUACUUCUUCCUCCCCCCUUUCUCCUCUUCCUCUCGCGCCGCAGUAUAAAAUGUGACACGUUGUGUUGGUUGGACGUCUAGUGUCAGAAAGCUGAGGAGGAGGCUGCUUGGAACUAAUUAAAGGCACCCUGACAUUAAACUCAGCAUUGAUGCCGUAUUAUUCAUUUUCAAAUCCUCUCCAGCAAAGAAGCUUUAAACACGACUGUGAUGAGAAUAGGCCGACAUGAUCUGUACAGUCGCAUGAUUAAAUGGCUUUAAUGAAAAGAUGCCUGUAUAUAUUAUGUCAAUUCCUUUUGAGGUCCUCGACAACAACGAGGUCUUUGGAGACUAACAUUUGAAUGCUGUGUGUUAAUAUACUUAUUUUGUUGAUAUGGUCAUCAACUUCAAAUUUUUUUUUUAUAAUAUCAAUGUAAUAAGCCUUUUUUCAUGUAUAUCACUGCAACCGCAGCCCAUUACUAUGUCAUUACUAUGUCAUUACUAUGUCAUUACUAUGUCAUUACUAUGUCAUUUGUCCUUUGUUUCCCUGCCCACAUCAAAUCCCCGAGCUAUUUAGUUAACAGAGAUAAUCAAUUUUGAUCAGAAUAAUUUGUAACUGUUACAGAUUGUGUCAAACUGAACUAAACCUAUGCCGGUUAUUGUAGCAUUGAUAGAGCAACAGGAUCAACACCCUUUCAGGCAGUCUUGUCGUAGAGCUAGCGGUUUAGUAUUAGUGCUGCAGCUUAACUACUUGUCUAGUAUAGGCUAUUCUCUGGCUAUGUGGUUGGUUCUGGUUGUUGUGAUAUACCUUGCCUAGACUCAUCUGCAUUUGCCUGAUCUGGUUGUAUGCUGUUAUUGAAGCAUGUUAUAUGAACAUUUAACUAUUUGAAAGUGCAAAAGUAUAUGUAGAAAUGACAGGCCUACUAAACCGUUAGAAUCACGUAUCGGCUACUGCUUGGCAAAUAACACUAACAUUGAAGUGCAUGGCAGCUUGACUUAACAUUAUUAAGACUUAAGGCUUUAUUGACAAGUGUGAUGCGGUUAAAACAAAACAACACUGAAUGAUGCUUGGUAGCUUGUACCUGUAACACAGGUUGUGUCAUUUUGUGACGCAUUUACAGUGAUGUUUCACAUUAGGAGAAAUGAGAGUCUUUUUUUUCCGGUGAAUGGUUUGUCAAGAAAACACUAAUUAUGUAAACACUGCUGCUUAUUGCAAUAAUAUUACACCAGUUUUAUGCAAUAAAGUUACAAACAGUU